UCUCUCAUCGAACCCCAUUCUCUCACACACAGACACACGUACUGUGAUCUCAUUACCAUGAGUUCUUCCCCGGUCGUGAGAGGCCUAACUGACGAGGAGCAAAAAACCCUCGAACUGGUUAUCAAAACUUACCACCAAUUCGAACCAGAACCAACCACUUGCACCUCUCUCAUAACCCAUCGUAUCGACGCCCCAGCCUCCGUGGUUUGGCCUCUCAUCCAGAGCUUCGACAACCCACAAUGCUAUAAACACUUCAUCAAGAGCUGCCGCCUAGUCUCUGGCGAUGGCGGCGUCAGAAGCGUCCGGGAAGUUAAUGUAAUCUCCGGUCUACCAGCCUCCACAAGCACCGAGCGGCUCGAGUUUCUGGACGACGACCACCGUGUCCUGAGCUUCAGGGUUGUUGGCGGAGAGCACCGGCUUAACAACUACAAAUCGGUGACCUCGGUCAACGAGUUCUUAAAUCAAGAUUCCGACAAGGUCUACACGGUGGUUCUUGAAUCAUACACCGUUGAUAUUCCCGAGGGUAACACAGUAGAGGACACCAAAAUGUUUGUGGAUACUGUUGUCAAUCUCAAUCUUCAGAAACUCGGAGUUGUCGCCGCUGCUUAG